GUAUCGGUAUUGGCCAUACAGAUUCUAAAACCAUGCUUUUCAGAUUUCUUCUCCCGUUCAAGGGAGGGAAGAAAUUGGCGGUUUUUCGUUUCAUAAAUUCUUCCUCUCUCUUUCUCUGUUUCUCUACCUGAGCUGAUUUCCCAGAAAAAUCCGAUAUUUUGUUGGACUGAAGUAGAAGUCCCUCAUCGGUGUCGAAAAUCCUCAGUUGCAGAGAUUCGACCGUUCGAGUGCCUCGCUUCGUCGUCUGGAAUCAAAGCCUCCUAGUUAGGGAUAGGAUUUCUGUACUUCUCCAAGGAGGUGGGUCGUGGGCAAGGGGUUAGGGUUUGUUGUUGCAGAGCGACGGUUUCGACUAUUUGUUUCUUCUCCUACCAUGUACGCGGAUCGGGUGGCUGCUGGGACCGAGAGGUCUGUGAAGGAGCGGCUCAACGGGAACACUGUAGAAGAUUUUGGUCGAAGUAGACAGAUCAACAACAAGAGGCGGAGGCCAAACGAUGACAAGUGGGAACAUGAUCUCUUUGAGGAUGAAGAGGAACCUCGUGUUACAAAUCACAAAGUUGGUUCCAGUGAUCUUCGGUUGAAGCUCCAAAAGAAGAACUCAUUGCAAGUAUAUCAAAGUGGAAAGGGUACUAAUGCAGGUGGUGUCCGAGAUCUACGUGAAAAGCUAUCUGGCACAAUGCACUCACAGCCAGCAAACUAUGUUCCCCCAAAAUUAAAAUCAGCACUAGAGCUUGUUAAACCUGCUAGAAAAAGUGUUCUAGUUGAAGCUCCGGCACCAGAAACCAAAAAUGUUUCCAAUUCAACUUCUUCGAGGAAGAAGACUCAACAAAAGGAUGGAAAAUCAGUGGAGGGCUUGCUGCAAUCUCUUGGUCUUGAAAAGUAUCAAAUUAUUUUUAAGGCAGAAGAAGUCGACAUGACUGCUCUGAUGCACAUGACAGAUGAGGAUCUUAAGGCAUUGGGGGUUCCAAUGGGUCCCAGGAAGAAAAUACUUUUGGCUUUGGAUUCCCAAGCCUGAAAUUGGAGGUGGGAGGGUUUGGUUCGUUUCUGUUCACUCUGCAUAUAAGCCAUCUCUCCAUGCAACAGUGAACAAUUGCAGGUUCGUGUUUUUGUUGUUCUCAUUGCCAAUAAGGGAAGUGAAAGAUUGGGGCCAUGUCACCUUAUGAUCAGUUCGGUUGGUUGAGCCUUAUAUAAUUGGCAAGGUAAGUAAAGCAACUGAUUGUAUGUAGGAUCUUCUGUUUGAUUUAACUCAAUUCAGUAAUGAAAUGGCUUCUUUUUCUUUGGGUAAACUUAGAACAAUAUUAGAACAUAAACAUGUUUUGUAAACUCAAUUAUUAUGGAUUAAUUUAAGUUAGAUCUCAGUGAUGCUCAUCAAAA